AUGCACUUAAGCUAUUCUAAUAGUAUUAAAAUCAAUAACAAUCAAAACAUAAAUGAACAUAUCUAACCGUAGUAUUUUAUAAGUCAAAGAGUUGAUAUAUUUAAAAAAAUAAUGAUUUCAUCACCUUGUGACAUAAAAACAUUCUAAACCACUUCUAAUUAAAAUUAUUUAUUGCGAACAUUAACAACCAAAUAAAAUAUUAAUAAUGCCCUUACUCUUCUUUUCAUUUAUAUAUUAUUUAUUACUGAUAAUUCAGUAUAAAUUAAAUAUCUUUAAUUUUUGACUUCAAAAAACUAAUUCUUAAUAAAUCAAAUGUAUGAAUUGCCACCUGCUUGCCUUUUUAUUUAUUAGCUCUCUUUAAAUUAAAAAUUUUGA